CAGAGUCUUCUAGUGGAGGCUGACUUGUGUCUCUUGUCUCCUGGGAAAGGUGACGAAGAGGUGACAGAAAUGGCCUGGUGGAAAGCUUGGAUUGAACAGGAGGGUAUCGCAGUGAAGGGCAGCCCCCACUUCAACCCAGACCCUGAUGCGGAGACCCUCUACAAAGCCAUGAAGGGGAUUGGUGGUAUAUCUCCACUGCUCAGCCACCAAGCAGCUGCCUUCCCCUUCCCCAUCCCCAGCCCUCACUGGGGGUGCUGUGUGCUUACACUGUGCACCCCUGCAGGGACCAAUGAGCAGGCCAUCAUCGAUGUACUCACCAAGAGGAGCAACGCACAGCGGCAGCAGAUUGCCAAGUCCUUCAAGGCCCAGUUUGGCAAGGAUCUCACCGAGACCUUGAAGUCAGAACUGAGUGGCAAGUUCGAGAGGCUCAUUGUGGCCCUCAUGUACCCACCAUACAGAUACGAAGCCAAGGAGCUACAUGAUGCCAUGAAGGGCUUAGGAACCAAGGAGGGCGUCAUCAUUGAGAUCCUGGCCUCUCGGACCAAGAACCAGCUGAGGGAGAUAAUGAAGGCAUAUGAGGAGGACUAUGGGUCCAGCCUGGAGGAAGAUAUCCAAGCAGACACAAGUGGCUACCUGGAGAGGAUCCUGGUGUGCCUCCUGCAGGGCAGCAGGGAUGAUGUGACCAGCUUUGUGGACCCAGGACUGGCCCUCCAAGAUGCACAGGAUCUAUAUGCAGCGGGUGAGAAGAUUUGCGGGACUGACGAAAUGAAAUUCAUCACCAUCCUGUGCACACGUAGUGCCACUCACCUACUGAGAGUGUUUGAGGAAUAUAAGAAAAUUGCCAACAAGAGCAUUGAGGACAGCAUCAAAAGUGAGACCCAUGGCUCGCUGGAGGAGGCCAUGCUCACCGUAGUGAAAUGCACCCGGAACCUCCACAGGUACUUUGCGGAGAGACUCUACUAUGCUAUGAAGGGAGCAGGGACGUGUGAUGGGAUCCUGAUAAGGAACAUUGUUUCAAGAAGCGAGAUUGACUUAAAUCUUAUCAAGUGUCAGUUCAAGGAGAUGUACGGCAAGACCCUCAGCAGCGUGAUCACGGAAGACACCAGUGGUGACUACAAGGAUGCCCUGCUGAGCCUGGUGGGCAGCGACCCCUAAGGCACAGAAGAAAAGAGCCAAGACCAAGAAGGCAGAGUCUCCAGGCCCUGCUUGCUCAGCCUUGACCAUGGAUGGGGGGCGGGGUAGGAGGACCACAGUCAACCUUUCAGUCUUCUCAUUCCCAGUUUCCAGUGCUUUCCAGCUGGUGUUUCUGACCCAGAGGGUGGGAUGGACCUGGGGCUCCUCUUUCUGCCUUCCUCUAAGGUCACUUCAGCUGUGAGCACACCAUCUCAGCAUUCCUCUGGACAAAUGCCUCA